GGGGGAGUAUAUAGAAGAGCACAGGGGUCUGUACAAGGACGUGAUGAUGGAGAAUCACCGGCCCCUCGCAUCACUGGAUGGGCCCAGUAACAGAGAUACCCCAGAGAGAUGUCCCCGUCCUCUGUAUUCCCAGGAUUGUACAGAGGAGUAUCACAGGAUCCCACAGGAGGAUCAGGUGGAACGUCUGUCUAAUAUUAAAACAGAAGAUACAGAGGGAGAAGAAGAGAUGUAUGUGACUGAUAUAAAGGCAGAAGAUACAGAGGGAGAAGAAGAGACGUAUGUGACUGAUAUGAAGGCAGAAGAUAUAGAGGGAGAAGAAGAGACGUAUGUGAUUGAUAUAAAGGCAGAAGAUAUAGAGGGAGAAGAAGAGACGUAUGUGACUGAUAUGAAGGCAGAAGAUAUAGAGGGAGAAGAAGAGAUGUAUGUGAGGGGUGAUCAGCAGUAUAAGGAGGAGGAGAUCCCUACAGAAAUCAGCACAGCAGAUGGACACACAAGCAGGAAUAUCUCAGAAGUACAUCUAAUGUUAUCCCCGGAUUGUGACAUAAGAGAUAAUGACAGUAGACAGGAUUCUCCAGGAGAUAACCCCAUUACCCCAAUUAUACAUCCAGCUCUAUCAGCUGAUCCCCCUGAUCCUGGGAAAUGUUCUCCUGAUCACUCUGAUAUUGGUGCAUCUGUUACAGCUCUGAGAGUAGAUACAGUGUUUCCCUGUUCUAUAGAUGCCAAAUGUAUUACACAGAACACAAAGCCUAUUACCCAUCAGCCAGCUAAGGAAGGUGAGAGGCCAUUUCCAUGUUCUGAGUGUGGGAAAUGUUUUACAUUGAAAGCAAAUCUUGUUACACAUCAGAGAAGUCACACAGGUGAGAGGCCAUUUUCUUGCUCUGAGUGUGGGAAAUGUUUUGCACACAAAUCAGUACUUGUUACACAUCAGAGAAGUCACACAGGUGAGAAGCCAUUUCCAUGUCCUGAGUGUGGGAAAUGUUUUAACCAGAUAUCACAUCUUGUUAGACAUCAGCGAAGUCACACAGGUGAGAAGCCAUUUUCUUGCUCUGAGUGCGGGAAAUGUUUUACACAGAAAUCAAAACUUGUUCCACAUCAGCGAAGUCACACAGGUGAGAAACCAUUUCCAUGUUCUGAGUGUGGGAAAUGUUUUGCACACAAAUCAGAUCUUGUUAGACAUAACAGAAGUCACACAGGUGAGAAGCCAUUUUCUUGCUCUGAGUGUGGGAAGUGUUUUACACAGAAAUCACAACUUAUUCCACAUCAGCGAAGUCACACAGGUGAGAAGCCAUUCCCAUGUUCUGAGUGUGGGAAAUGUUUUGCACACAAAUCAGAUCUUAUUAAACAUGAGAGAAGUCACACAGGUGAGAGACCAUUUCCAUGUUCUGAGUGUGGAAAAUGUUUUGCAUGGAAAUCACAUCUUGUUACACAUCAGCAAAUUCACACAGGUGAGCAUGUGUUUUCUUGCUCUGAGUGUACAAAAUAUUUUACACGGAAAUCCGAUCUUAUUACACAUCAGCGAAGUCACACUGGUGAGAAGCCAUUUCCAUGUUCUGAGUGUAGGAAAUGUUUUACACGGAAAGCAGUUCUUGUUAAACAUCAGAGAAGUCACAUAGCUGAGAAGCCAUUUUCUUGCUCUGAGUGCUGGAAAUGUUUUACACAGAAAUCACAACUUGUUCCACAUCAGCGAAGUCACACAGGUGAGAAGCCGUUUUCAUGUUCUGAGUGUGGGAAAUGUGUUGUAUGGAAAUCGCAUCUUGUUAAACAUCAGAGUAGUCACAUAGGUGAGAAACCAUUUCCAUGUUCUGAGUGUGGGAAAUGUUUUACUCAGAAAUCAGGUCUUAUUGCACAUCAGCGAAGUCACACAGGUGAGAAGCCAUUUCCAUGUUUUGAGUGUGGGAAAUGUUUUGCAUGGAAAUCGCAUCUUGUUAAACAUCAGAGUAGUCACAUAGGUGAGAAACCAUUUCCAUGUUCUGAGUGUGGGAAAUGUUUUACUCAGAAAUCAGGUCUUAUUGCACAUCAACGAAGUCACACAGGUGAGAAGCCAUUUCCAUGUUCUGAGUGUGGGAAAUGUUUUACUCAGAAAUCAGGUCUUAUUGCACAUCAGCGAAGUCACACAGGUGAGAAGCCAUUUCCAUGUUUUGAGUGUGGGAAAUGUUUUACACAGAAAUCACAUCUUGUUCUACAUCAGAGUAGUCACACAGGUGAGAAACCAUUUCCAUGUUCUGAGUGUGGGAAAUGUUUUACAUGGAAAUCAGGUCUUAUUGCACAUAAGCGAAGUCACACAGGUGAGAAGCCAUUUCCAUGUUCUGAGUGUGGGAAAUGUUUUGCACAGAAAUCAGAUCUUAUUGUACAUCAGAGAAGUCACACAGGUGAGAAGCCAUUUCCAUGUUUUGAGUGUGGGAAAUGUUUUACACAGAAAUCAUAUCUUGUUAGCCAUAACAGAAUUCACACAGGUGAGAAGCCAUUUUCUUGCUCUGAGUGUGGGAAAUGUUUUACACAGAAAUCACAUCUUGUUACACAUCAGCAAAGUCACACAGGUGAGAGACCAUUUCCAUACUCUGAGAGAUAAGCUCUUGUUGCACACAAUAGACAUCACUCAGGUGAGGGACCAUUUUAAUCUUCUGGAGUAUACUUAUCUUUGCCUUGUAUUGUUCCUCAAGAUCCUGUCCUAUCUCCUAUGCUUUUUGCAAUAUACAUGCUACAGCAGGGUGAAAUAACCCAGUACCAAUC